ACUGUCUAUUUCUUUGAAAGCAAUUUCCAUCAUAAAAUAAUGUUAACUUCACAUAGAAUACAUUGUUGCAGACUUCAUCUUUGCACUCUCCCAAUGGCUUCUUUGCUUAUUCACCUGCCUCUUAUCCCUAUGCUCUAUCAAUACAUAAUCCUCCUAGUACUAAUUCAGAUACCUCCACAUUUAAGCUCCUACGAUUAUUAUAGGAAUUGUACUAAUCAGAUAAGUUGUGGGAAUAUAAGAAACAUUGGUUUUCCAUUUUGGGGAGAUAACCGUCCAAGUUGGUGUGGCCACCCUUCGUUGCAUCUCAUUUGCAUGAAAAAUAUCAGCUACAUAACCAUCCAUAAUGUCAAUUACCAGGUUUUGGUGGCCAACCCAAUUGAACAUACUAUGAAAAUCACCAGAGUGGACUACUUACAGUUACAAGGAAUAUGCCCUUCAAAACUUUUCAACACCAGCCUUGACACUGAGCUCUUUGUUUAUGGGUCAGAGGAUAAGCAUCUUACCCUCUUCUAUGGUUGCACUCCUUCAAAUGCUGGACUUCUUCCUUGUAACCUAAAUGGAGCUAUUGAUUAUGUUUAUCCUCAGUUUGGGUUUUCCCCUCCUCCUAUGUUUUGCAAAGCAAGUGUGGUAGUUCCAGUUUCUCCAUCAUUGGUUGAUAUUAGAGAUUUCACCAACAUACAGAAGGCAAUCAGAGAUGGAUUUAUGGUGAAAUGGAUAGCAGGUAUUGAAGAAUGUGAGAAAUGUGUAAAAUCAGAUGGAAUCUGCGGUUAUGACUCGAAAUCAAAUCAACCAACUUGUUCAAAUUCAUCACCAGAUGCCAAAGCACCUCCACCAUCCCAAGAGCCUCCUCCUCCAGCCACUACACCAACUGCAAUAAGGCUUUUAGUUGCGGAAGUAGCAUCACAGACCUCAAAUACCCCUUUUGGGGAGGCAACAGAGAAAAGUAUUGUGGUGAUUCUGAAUUGGAGGCACUCGCAUGCGAAGAAAAUGUCCCCAAGAUAAACAUCAGUGCCAUCAACUACCGUAUUCUGGGUUGGGAUAAUACAACAAACCAACUCACUGUGGCUAGGGACGAUUACUGGGAUAAUAUCUGCGUGAGUGAUCCUAAAAACAACACGUUUGAUAACACCCCGUUUCAGUAUGAUAAUGGUCUGCUUGAGAACGUGACACUGUUUUAUGAUUGCCCUUCAAUGCCAAAUAUGAAUCCGUAUUCUCAAAACUGCGGUUCUGGUAAAUUUGUCUACUACGUUCUGGGACCUUCGUACCAGGUGGGUUCAUGCACGAUUGUGGUGAUUCCAAUUUUUAAUUCCAAUUCUUCACUUGUAACUACCAAUAGAGUAAGCGAUGCAUUAGAUAACGGUUUUGGGUUGAAAUGGACGGGAAAUUCUGAAGCGUGCAAGACAUGCACUGAUUCUGGUGGAGAGUGUGGCUUUGACGGAGAAUUCAAAUGUUUCUGCAAGGAUGAACUUUCAUGUUCAGUUUCUGACACGGGAUCAUCUUCAAAAAGGAACCGGAGGCUUACGAUUGCGAUAGGUGCAUCAGCAGCUGGUUUUGGAGUAGUAGUGUUUCUUAUGAUAAUUUGUUACCAUAAGAGGCUUCUAAGUUUUGGAAAAAGAAGGAUCUUCACGAAGAGAAGAAAAUUUGUUGACAAUAGUGUGGAGGUUUUCAUGCAAAGUUAUGGUUCUCUGGCACCAAAGCGAUAUAGUUAUCCAGAAGUGAAAAGGAUCACAAACACAUUUCUAAAUAAACUAGGCCAAGGAGGAUAUGGUGUUGUCUAUAAAGCUACAUUACCUGAUGGUCGUCCUGUUGCAGUAAAAGUAAUUAGUGAGAAUAAGGGAAAUGGAGAAGAAUUCAUAAAUGAAGUUGCUAGUAUUAGUAGAACAUCCCACGUAAACAUUGUCUCACUAUUGGGUUUUUGUUAUGACAUGGAGAAAAGAGCACUAAUAUAUGAAUUUAUGCCUAAUGGAUCAUUGGAUAAUUUCAUAUAUAAAAGUGGUUAUCCAAAUGCUAUUUGUAAUUUGGAUUGGUACACAUUGUACCAAAUUGGUAUUGGCAUUGCUCGAGGACUAGAAUACUUGCAUAGAGGAUGCAACACAAGGAUUUUGCAUCUUGAUAUCAAACCCCAAAAUAUUCUUUUGGAUGAAGAUUUUUGCCCUAAAAUAUCUGACUUUGGACUAGCAAAAAUAUGUCUAAAGAAAGAGAGUAUUGUGUCCAUAUUGGGCACAAGAGGAACUAUAGGGUACAUUGCACCUGAAGUGCUUAGCCGAACAUUUGGUGGAGUUUCACACAAAUCUGAUGUGUAUAGUUAUGGCAUGUUGAUUCUUGAAAUGAUUGGGGCAAGAAAGAAUUACGAUAGUGGAGGAUCACAUACGAGUGAAAUGUAUUUUCCAGAUUGGAUUUACAAGGAUCUUGAACAAGGUGAUAUUCCUUCUAGUUGUUUGGUUACCACAGAAGAAGAAAAUGAAAAGGUAAGAAAGAUGACUUUGGUGAGUCUAUGGUGUGUUCAAAUAAAUCCAUCAGAUAGGCCAUCAAUGAGUAAAGUAGUAGAGAUGUUAGAAGGAGCACUUGAGUCAGUGCCAUAUCCUCCAAAGCCUGUCUUGUGUUCUCCAGCUAGGCCACCUUUACAAAUUUCAGAUAUAUCUUCUAGCAAUAUGCAGGAUACAAAUUCAAUAACAAUUCAAAAGGGUGGUUCCAUUGAAUUGAAUGAGUUAAGCAAAAGCAUAGAGGUAAGUGUGUAGUAAGUUAGAAUACAGGUUCUUAAGCAAAACAUUCUAUGACAAAAAUGAUUUGUCAAACUUUAAAUCCUUGAAAAUAUAGAUGGAAUUUGUAGAUACGUCUGAUGUUUAAAAUGGUUGAAUAACAAAUGGUACUUCCUGAUAUUUGAACUGUCUUACACAAUGCUGAUCUUUAUUCAUCAUAUAAUAUAUGCUUUAUCUAAGUACCUAUUGUUAUUUAAUGCGAUGAGUGAUCUAAUU